AGCACGGCACGUGGCUCAAAGCGCCCUUUUGCGGCUGCAACAAGUGCCUCGGAGCUUGAGACGCGCGCGAGACAAGUCCCAUGAGCGCGGGCGAUUUGAGAACAGCCAGCUUCGGCGUUGAGGGGCCGCCGCCGCAGGCCUCGCGGCCUGAAAUCAGCUCCUUCGUGAGCGUGGUGGUGGAGGUGGAAAAUCACCGUCCAACUCUCCAGUCCAACACGGAAGCGAUUUUCAACCUGCUGAACAAUGCGCUUGGGGUCUCCUUGCUGGCCGUGAGUUGGGUAUGCACACAGGUUGGCCUUCUGCCGGGCUUGUCACUCUAUGCCAUCUCCGGCUUCCUCAACCGAUACACGCUGCACCUGAUCUUCCGGUCCUGCCAACUGGCGCGGGUGAAGGUGUCAUACCCAGAUGUGGCCGAUGCUUGCUUUGGCCGUCUGGGCUUUGGGGCUGUGGCAUCGAUCAUGACCACAUCGAUGUGCAUCACUUGCACCGCCUAUGUGGUUACAGUGGGAGCUGUACUCCUGGAUGGCUUUGACUGGGAGCCUGAGGAGUCCCCCAAAGCCAUUGCCUUGGGGAUGGCAUUUCUCGCCCCCUUCACCUUGAUCAGGUCUUUGAAGAGGAUAGCGGUGCUGUCGACCGUGGCGACCUUUGCAGCAAUAUUUCAAUUGAUGGCCAUUGCUAUCCCAUGCUACUGGGACUACUUCAACGGCAUCACCUACGUUGACCACAUGGGAGCGGAGCCGGGCAGCAUCCUAUGGUGGGACCUGACCCCUUCAAAGGUCAUCAAGGUUGCGCCCGUGGUGCUACUGGCUUAUUCAACCCAAGCAUCGGCGCCAGUGAUUCUAGCGUCCCUGCAAGACAACUCCUGGGAGAAUGUGCGGCGCAUCACGGGCUUGGUCUUUAGCAUGUUGUACGUUAUCUCCGCCCUUUUCGGGCACUCUGUCUACCUGCGCUUCAGGGACUUGACGACAGACAGCGCGUUGACAACCAUAGGCCAGCGGCCAGUAGACCAGGUGGCAAGAUGGUGCGGCUUUGUGCUGGUGUUUAUCUCCUACAUCUUCAUGGUGUUUCCGCUACGGAAUGUGCUGAUGAAGGUCUUGUUGGGCAAGGACGAGCUGGAAAGAGAGGCGAGUUUCAAAGUGUUUGCCGCUGUGACAGUCAGUCUCAACAUCUUUCUGCUCAUGACCGCCCAAGGAGCACAAAAACUGGGAGGCUUAUCUCUUUGCCUUCGAUUUGGUGGAGGCUUUUGCUCCACGCUGAUGGCAAUGGUCUUUCCGCCAUUGCUCUUUGUCCAAGUCCGUGCUGAAAGGGGCUGGGAUGCUCGUGUUGUGUGCGGAUCUCGCGGUGGCCUUGCGAUGCUCUUGGCCAUCGGCGCCAGCGUCUGGAUUCUGAGCAAUCAGGCUUUGGCGGUUGACGUGCUCAAGAAAACAGGUGUAUUAUGAGAAAUUAGACCGGGCUUGCAACUGUUAAUCCCGAGUUUGGAUGAGUGUGCAAGCCGCACGCAAUCUUCGUCUUGGUUCAGUUCUGAAAGAGCUGAGUCCAGCACAGACUCACAGUCUGCAUCCUGUACAGGAAUAUAUUUCUAAACCUGGUCCUAGGUGGCCGGUAUUGGUGGCAUGUUCCUGCCAGCCGAGUGUCCGUACUUUGCUACAUCAGGAUGAGAUCGAACCGAGGCGCGCAUCGCGCAAUUGGUUGAAAGCCCGUUG